UUCAAAAACCCUUGCGGAGAAUGGCUGAACCGACGCAGCACACAUUGAAAUAUGUGUCUCAAUGGAGAAGAAGAAACCUCAGAUUCCUUAGAGUCCAUCGAGGUGAGUUCCUCCGAGGAGACGUCUCCCGCUGUGUCCCUGCAGGAUACCCCCCCCCACAGGACCCCAUCACAGAGACACCCCUACCUAACGUGAUCCAGGAGACUGAACCUCCUUCCUCACUCCCUUCCUCACCUCCUCCCCUCCUCAUCUCCUUCCCUCCUCUCAGAGGACCCUCAGACCUCCACAGACCCCCUCCCUCUCCACCCUGAAGUGAAGACCCAGCUAACAUAGCUCUAUUUGUGGAUGUUUCUCCGAGCGCUGCUGACCUCCUGAACGUCCUUCCACAUGUGAACGCCUCUGCCUCCCCCUCCCCAAUUUCAUAGUUUCCUCACCCUUUCUCCACAGCAGCCCCCACCCUAAAGAUCCCUCUAAGCACCGCUCUGACCGGGGUCCCUGUUUGCGUCACGUUCCAGUUCUACACCCCCGAACCAGAACCAGAACCCAGAGGAGACAGCAAGUGAUCCAAAGAGACGUGUUUUGGCCGUGCUGCUUUCUGACAGAGGAUCUGUGAGGGUCUGAACGAAAUCUGAUUUUAAAUAAAAUACAUCAUUACGGUCUGGUUAUUAUGUACUUUAUAACUCUAUCAUCUUUAUUUUCCAUUUCAUUGUAUUUUUGAAUGACUUUUUUUAUUGUUUUUUAAUCUAUUUUAUUUUCACAUUUUUAUCAAUUGCUUGUCAAACCCUUUGAAGUGUAUUAGAGGAGCUCUAAAAGGUGCAAUAUCAUUGUUUUAAAUGUGAUAACAUUUUAUCGUUAUUUUUACUUUACUUCCUUUAUUCUACCUAUUUCUAUUAUUAAGAUUUAAUCAUUUUUUUAAUCAUAAUUUUUU